GCAGCCCCUUUUAAUCGAGCGCCUACCCCGCAGUAGGAGGGCUACAAGAUGGCGCAGGCAAUAUUUGAAGUGCUUGAAGGUAUGGACAACCAGACGGUGCUGGCAGUUCAGUCACUGCUGGACAGCCAAGGAGGGGUUCCUGAUCCAAACAACCAAAACGUUUCUGGGACGCAGACAAUCCAGUCUAUGGACGACGAAGACGUGUUCCUGUGUGGGAAGUGUAAGAAACAGUUCAACUCUCUGCCUGCUUUCAUGACGCACAAGAGGGAGCAGUGCCAGUCUAGCACCCCUUCCUUGUCCACAGUGUCCUUGGCCUCCACCAAUGCGUACACACCUGUCCCGUCGAUUAGUGCUGUACCACAGACUCCUGGCAACAGACAGGUGUCCACCUACAUCACAGUCCCUCCCUCUCCUUUGACGCACACUCUGGUCCAAGGCAACGUGCUUGUCAGCGACGACGUCCUCAUGUCAGCUAUCUCAGCCUUUACCUCCAUCGACCAGCCCAUGGCCGCCAUGCAGACUCCCAUACAGAGUAACCUGAGCAUGCACACAGCUGGUGUGUCCUACCUGCAGCACCAUCACCACCACCACCAUCAUCUUCAUCAACAGCAGCAGCAGCCUCCACAGCAGCAGCAGCCCUCCCAUCCCCUGCCAGCUGGACAGCCCACCCAGCAGACACUCACUUCCCAGGUCCCGGCGAGCCACAGCAACUCAGUGGUGCAGAUCUACAGCACUCUGCCCCACAUGGCCGGAGGUGGGGGUGGUGGUGGUGGAGCUGAGAUCCACACCCUGGGUCUGCAACCUUUCCAUCCCGUGCAAGUGCCCAGUCAGGGUGUGGAGAGUCAAUCAUUCACAACCCCACCUGUGUACAGCCCCGGGAAGCAGGGCACAAAAACAAAGACCUGCAGCAUCACCACCAACAUGACGGAGCUGAGUGACUUUGAAAAGGUUAUUGUUCCCAAACGCCCGAGGAGUUGUAAAAAAAGCUCUGAUGGAGUCACAGCAGAGCAGCUGAAGGGAAAAGGUCCGAAGCUCAAGUGUAACUUCUGCGACAAAAUCUUCUCGAAAAACUUUGAUCUUCAGCAGCACAUUAGGAGCCACACGGGAGAGAAACCGUUUCAGUGUAUCGUCUGCGGUCGAGCUUUUGCCCAGAAGUCCAAUGUGAAGAAGCACAUGCAGACACACAAGGUGUGGCCUAUGAGUGUGGCCAGCACGGUGUCUAGACUCCCAAUCACAGUCAAGGUGGUGCCAGUGUCCCCCAGUGAGGAAGAAGGAGGUGGGGGGGAGCAGAUGCAGCAGAGUGAAAGGGAUGAGGAGGGGCCACAGCAGCAGGGCUGUCAGCAAACACAAGCAGAAGAGCCGACGCAAGCAGAAGCACCCAGGGAGUUGGAGGAGAGAGUGACUGAGGUCCAGGCUGAUCCAGAGGGCAGCCACGUGGAGGAUGUGCAGUCCAACCAGAGCCAGCAGUGUCUGGCUCAGACCAAACAGAUCGUUGUGAUAGACAGCUCGUACCAGUGCCAGUUCUGCGCCAGCAAGUUCAAGACCUACUUCCAGCUCAAGUCCCACCUGACCCAACACAAGGGGGAGCAGGUUUAUAAGUGUGUGUUAAAGUCCUGCUCCCAGACCUUCCAGAAGCUGGAUCAGUUUCUGGAACACAUCCGGACACACCAGGAGCAGCUGACCUACCGCUGCCACCUGUGCAGCAAGGUGUUCCCCUCGCUCUUUGAACUGGGACUCCACCAGUACUCCCACUCCCUCUGCCCACAGCAGAACGCACGCAAGGAAACCACGGUGUACAGAUGCGUGAAAUGUCAAAGCCGAUAUUCUACCCAGGAGGCGCUAGAACAACAUCUGCUAACUGCAUCGCACAGCUUUCCCUGCCCACACUGUCAAAAGGUUUUCCCAUGUGAAAGAUACUUCAGACGCCACCUCCCCACUCACGGUGUUGGCGGGAGAUUCAAGUGUCAGAUCUGCAAGAAGGCCUUCAAGACGGAGCACUACCUCAAACUGCACACACGGAUUCACUCAGGUGAAAAGCCAUACAAAUGUUCCCUCUGUGAGGCGACGUUCAACAGGAAAGACAAAGUGAAGCGACACAUGCUCAUUCAUGAACCCUUUAAGAAAUACAAGUGUCCCUUCAGGACACAUGUAGGUUGCACCAAAGAAUUUAACAGACCAGACAAACUGAAGGCCCACAUCCUGUCACACUCUGGUAUCAAGCCCUACAAGUGUCUGUUUUGUCAGAAAGCAUUCAGCCGCAGGGCUCACAUGCUCGAACAUCAGCAGUCCCACACAGAUAACUACCGCUUCCGUUGCUCCGCUUGCAACAAGGGCUUCACCAGGCAGAGCUAUUACAGAGAUCACAAGUGUCCCGCUGCAGGAAACGAGGCAGGAGCAGAAAGAGAAACGGGAGAAGCAGAGGAAGACGAGGUCGCCGGAGCGCACGUGGCCGAGGAGAAGGACGGAGAGGACGAGGAGAGAAGGAGCAGGUUCACGAGGAAAGCAAAAAGGUCGCAGACAGGGGGAGACGAUGGGGAGGAGGACGACAGCUUGAAGGGCAGCCAACAGGAGGAGGAAGAGGGAGAGGAGAGGGGGGAUGAUGAGGGCUGUCAGGCUGCACUGUCCAUCAGCACCAUUAAAAGACAGGCAGAGAGAGAAGAGGAGGAGGAGGAGGAGGAGGAGGAUGUCAGGGUGAAUCAUGGCGGUGGGGGACUGGAGCAGAUUUCAAGCAAUGACCAAAACUGUUUGCAGCAGCCAUGUUUGUAGUCCUAGGCCAAUCCCGCACAUUUCCAGAAUGUGGACCAAUUAACAAGCUACAAGCUUUGUUAUCCACUUUAAAAUGAAAAACACAAAUUUGCAUGACAUUAUUUGUUUUAAAUUAAAACGUUUAAACUGCUACACUGCUUUUACUUCCUCAACAGGAACUGGAAAAGAUAUGCAGGAUAUGUUGGAUCUAUGAUGAAAAGAUGCCCAGUGGAACAUUUUUAUAUUCUUGUGUUAAUGUGCAAGUUCAACCACACUGGUUCUUUCAAAACAUGAUCUCAAACAUUUUCUCUAAUUUCAUGUGUAACUAAAACUAAAUUAUUUUAAGCUUUGUACUUGACUCAGAGUGUAUUUGUGUCUCGUUAGCUGUACAUGGAUUUCUUGUAAAGAUGCACCAUCUGAUGCUGUUUAACUGCUAAUUAGGAUCGAGUUAGAUUCAGUUCUUGCUCAAGUGUCAGUGUUACGCAAACUCAGUCUACAGGAGUUUUAAUGCAA